GCUGACGUGGAAUUAUGCACAUCUGUUGGUCCCAUUGACUCUUUGCCCCAGUGCGUGAGGUAUAAAGAGUCGACUACUGCGAUGCACAGAAAAUUUUUGUAUCUCACAACGACAAACAUGGCACCUGCCACUAUCGAAGCAUACUGCCGUGAAUGUCGCGAUUACACAACAGGAUCUUGCAAGAUAACUAAACCUGAAAAUUCCAAUGGCAACGAGGGUAGACCAUGGUAUCAAUGUGUCAGGCACAAAGGUUUCAUGCGUCGAGGUGACAGUUUAGGCAUAUCUCCUGCCAAUCCGCAUUGUUACUGUCACAAACCGAGCCGGGCUGGCCACUCUGCGGUCCGACCUACGAAUUACACGUGCGCGAACAACAUCUGUUGUUUCUUUAAACCAUACGGUGGUUAAGUCAUCAUCAAGCCGUUCACCAAGGCAAGCAAUCUCAUCUGACCUGCUUCGAUCCCCUUCAUACAAAACAAGAGAAUAAAGGCUUGAGACAUGUGUUAUGUUGGAUGAGAGUUGCUCUCUGUGGAGUAUUAGUGCUUUCUAGGCUGAUCAGCCUGGGGAAGUGAGAGGAGGAAUCUACCGUCGGCAGAACGUAUAUCCCGGAAAUCGUCGACCCAUUUGCUGAGUGGGAAGAAGAUCUUGUCUCUUGUGUUUUGUUCCUUGUUCAAUAGCGCUAUUGUACAAUGUUCCAAAAGCC